CAUACGCUGCGUAUUGGUCAAUACGCAGCGUAUAGGGUUACCUGAAUACGCUGCGUAUUGGUCAAUACGCAGCGUAUAUAAGUGGUAGGUGCACGACCAGACAGUCAAACCUAGUACCAUGUCAAAUCAGUCUUACAUAGGGUGCGUAUUGAUCAAUACGCACCGUAUUGAUAGACUGAUUUGACCUGAUACGAUGUUGUCCAGGGCACGUGAAUAAAGUAAUACGGUGAGUAGGGAUCAAUACGCUGCGUAUUGACAUGCCAGAUGAAAGUCUAUUUAUCCCUCCAUUCAUAUCUGUUACCCAUCACCCGACAUAUACUUUGCUUUCCUUUUCAUCUUCUUCUUCAGUAAAUUGUUAGUUUUUGGUUCAACCUUGUUAAAAUGUCAUCAUUUUGGAAGGAUAAUUAUUUCGGUAAUCGUUAUUCUAACGACACAUGGGGAUCAAAUGCUGCCAAUGAGGAGGAGGAGGUUGUGUCUGGAGUCCCUGUUAAUCAAGAAACACAGUUGCCAGACUUGAACAAGACUCCCACUCCACCUGUUGAUGAACCAAAUUACCCGGCGCAUCAAGUGUGUCCAGAUUACGGAUACGGGUAUGAAUCUCCGUACGUGCAACAAAGUGGAUACGGUGUUGAGAAUGCACCUGUUGAUGAACCAUAUUACCCGUCGCAGCAAUCGUAUCCGGGUUAUGGGGUAUACGGGGAUGAAGGUGGAUACGGAAGUUACAGUGGAUACGGUGGUGAUGGUGGAUACGGGGGUGAAGGUGGUUACAGUGGAUAUGGGGGCUACGGUGGAUACGAUAGAUAUGGGGGUGACGGUGGUUACAGUGGAUACGGGGGUGAAGGUGGUUACAGUGUAUACGAUAGAUCUAGGGAUGAAGUUGGAUACGGUGGAUACGAAGAACAUGGUGGAUAUGGUUAUGAGUCCCGUAACACAUCACUUUAUGAACCAUCUACCCCGGGCAAUCCAUUUCAAGUAAAUGAGCGUUUCAUGUCUCUAACUGAUUUGAAGAAUUGGGUACAAGAAACGGGAAAGGAUAAUGGUUACGUAAUUGUUACCCGCCGAUCAAAAAAUAUUGGCGGUACUACUGGGAUGGUAUGGCUUGUGUGCGACCGUAGUGGUGAACACCGUAGUAAAGCAACAGUUAGGAAAGCUGGUAGCAAAAAAAUCGGCUGCCCAUUUUCAUUACUCGCCAUCCGGGACGUGACGAACGACACGUGGGAGUUAAAAGUGGACUGUGCGAACCAUAACCACGAACCUACGACGAGUCUGUUGGGCCACGCUUUUGUGCGAAGAUUUACUAAAGCCGAAUACAAGCUAGUGGAGCAGCUAACUGCUCAAAACAUGGAGCCACGUAUCAUAUUUCAAACCCUAAGAAAGCAGUUCCCCGACAGCCUGCACGUUCAGAAAGACGUGCAAAAUGCGGUACAAAAAAUUAGAGCGACAAUAAUGGACGGAAAGAAUCCUAUUCAGGCACUGGAAAGCCUGCUGCAUGACCGCCGAUUCAUUUACGACACCCGACAAGAUCCCAAAACAGAUGUCGUAACAGAGAUUUUCUUUGUUCAUCCUUAUUCAAUCACUAUGUGGCGUGCAUUCCCGCACGUGAUGUUGAUCGACGCGACCUACAAAACAAACCUCUACAACAUGCCAUUUGUCCAGGUUGUGGGUAUGACGUCGACUGGGAAGUCUUUUUGUAUCGCACAUGCCGUUAUUUGUAAAGAACGAAGGGGUAACUACGUGUGGGUGCUUGAGCGGAUCAAGUCAAUAUUGCAUGAAUGUAUGAUGCCGCGUGUGAUAGUCACGGAUAGGGAGCUUGCCCUAAUAAACGCGUGUUCUAAAGUAUUCCCGAACGCAAAAAGGCUUCUAUGCCACUUUUACAUCCAACAAAAUAUAGCUAGAAAGUGCAAGUCAGGGUUCGAUAAAGAAGAUUGGGGGAAAUUUAUGUCGUACUGGCGGACAUUGUGCGAAUCUUCAUCAGAGCCCAUGUACAAGUACAACUUGGAGAAAAUGUAUAACCGACUCGUGGUUGCCAACCGAGAAAGUGUCUAUGAUUACGUCUACGAAAACUGGCACAAAGACUAUAAAGAAAUGUUCGUUUAUGCGUGGACCGAUAAGUGUCGCAACUUUGGUCAGCGCACCACCAACAGAGUUGAGAGCCAGCACGCAAAUUUAAAAAGAUACAUUACGCGCGGGAGUUCAUUGGAGCGAAUAGCAAGAUGCAUCAUUGAUAUAGUUGAAACUCAGUACGAUGAAAUACAAAAAAGUUUCACUGAGAGCAUCGAUGAACCACCACAGACACCGAAUGUUGGACAACCUACGUGGAAAGGGCGUAUAAUACAACUCGACGAGAUAGAUGUAUUCUGGCGUAAGCUUGACUUGCUCCCUUGUAAACUGGUAGACGAGGAGGUCGAUAUUGUAGCAGAGCUCAAUAAUGUGCAGCAACAUUUAGAGGCGCAGUCCCCCGUUCAGCAAAAGAGUAUGCUUUCAAAGAUAAAAGCGGUUUUCACCCCGAAAUCGUCAACCAAGAAACCACCGAUCGUCCAGCAAAACACUCGCGGUCGGCCUACAUCAAAGAAAGUACAAGAAAGGCUAGAUGAAGCUGCGAGGUUAGACCAAGCUGCGAGAUACAGCUCCUGUGGCGAGGACAGCAACGUAAUUACCGCUUCCCCCAAGCAUAGGUACGAUUUACCCCGACACAGCUCAUACGUACCGUCAGAGGGCUCUCGUGGAACUGGUUCGUUUGUGAAGUCUGAAAAACCUAAAAUGCAACCAAACAGUUCAACAAGUUCUAAAAAGAAGGAGACGAGGGAUGAUAAGGUUUUUCCAUUAAUAAAGGGGGACGAGCACUUGUUAUGCAUUAAGAGGUUUAAGAAUCAAAUUCCAUCAGAGUUUCGCUCUUACAUAUCGCGUAUACAAGAUGUGACCCCAGACGGUCAUUGUGGGUACAGGUCUGUGGCUGUCGGGUUAGGUUUUACGGAACACGCAUGGCCCAAUAUUCGAAGAGAUUUACUACUGGAGAUUGACCAUAACAAACCGCGUUGGAAGCAUGUAUUCGAAACAUAUAACGAAGGAGACUUUAAACGAAUACGUAAGAGCAUCGAAUGGCAUUCAGUGAAAGGGUGCGAUCAAAGUCACUGGAUGGAAAUGCCCCAGGUAGGGCUUCUCAUAGCGCAAAGGUAUAAUAUUGUCCUCCACGUGCUAAGCAUUGAAUGGAGCUCUACCAUCUUCCCAUUAACGGAUGCCCCACUAGAUCCACGACCUCAAGCGAUAACGCUUAUACAUGUUCACGGGGGACACUUCAUACAUGCUAAGUUGGAAGGAGACUACCCCAUGCCUUUAGUGAACCCGCUGUGGUCGGCACAUCGAUCAAUAGCUGCGAAACGGUGGGAAGAAAUGUAUACACCGCGGUUAGAGCACUACUACGAGUUAAUGCAUCCUAAAUCAGACCGAGACAAAGACAGAGAACCGAGUUUAAAUGUUAUCGAAGAUUAA